GGGGCUGCAGCGCGCGGGCCCCGCGGCCCGGAGAGGUGCGUGCCGGGGGAAGGGCCGGGCUGGGCCGGGGGGGGGGGGUCGCGGGUUGGGCCGUUUUCACCUCCAACGCCUUUGUGAUCCUGGGGGUGCGGCCCCGGCUUUGGGGUCGCGGUUUCCCCCCUCCCUCCCAUACCGCUGGGCGGCCUUCCCCAGGCCGUGCAGCCCCCCCCUUUGGGUCGUCCCAACUCAUGCAGACCCCCAUUGGCAGCCCAGGUAACCCCCCAGCCCACUCAGACCCUCAUUACCAGCCCAGCACCCCGUCACCAUGUUCGGCUCAUCCCGAGGAGGGGUCCGGGGGGGCCAGGACCAGUUCAGCUGGGAGGACGUCAAGACAGACAAACAGCGCGAGAACUACCUGGGAAACUCUCUGAUGGCACCGGUGGGACGCUGGCAGAAGGGCAAGGACCUGACGUGGUACGCCAAGGGCAAGCAGGAGCCCGCCCCGCUGUCCCGCGAGGAGGAGCUGGCGGCCGUGCGCCUGGCUGAGCAGGAGGCCAUGAUGGCAGCACUGGGCUACAAGAACGUGAAGAGGCAGCCCACAGGCCUCAGCAAGGAGGACCUGGCUGAGGUGUGCAAACGGGACAGCACAGAGCGAGCCGAGGACGUGGAUCGGCUGGUGGGCUUGGGCAGCUCCAGCGGCAGCGCCGGGCGGGUGAUGCUCUCCAAGGAGGACAAGGAGGCGGCCAAGAUGGGGCUCUCUGUCUUCACGCACCAGAAGGUGUGCAGCAGUCCCGAGGCGUCUGGCUCCAAAAGGAAACAGGACAAGGAGGAGAAGGCAGAGGAGAAGCGGACGGAGAGCAGCAAGAAAUCCAAAAAGGAGAAGAAGAAAAAGAAAAAGAAGAAACACAAGAAGGAGAAGAAGAAAGAUAAACACCACAAGCGGGACGACACCCCGUCAUCCUCCGCCUCCUCUCCAGACCAGGACGAGAGACGCCACCGGAGGAAAGCCCAGGACCGCCCAGCAUCCCACAGCGGCCGUCCCGAGGCGUCGCGGCACCGGCACCGCCGUGACACGGACUCCUCCCACAGCAGCGGCGCCUCGGGCAGGAGCCCCUCCUCCCGCCGCCGGAGGGCACGGAGCCGCAGCAGGAACGGCCAGCGGCACCCAUCCCCGCGGCACAAGGGCAGGAGGAGGAGCAGGAGCCGAUCUCGAUCCCACAGGGCCAGACAGCGUCACGAUACGGAUUCGGAUGACUGAGGGGUUUUGCUGGAAGGGAUGUUCCGUAGGUUAUAUAUUUUUUAAGGUUAUUAUCUAAAUUAAAGUCACAGCUUUACAGUU